AUGUUGUCUUUUAUUACUUUCAUAGUUUGCAUACUGGUUUAUGUUUUUUUUAAGUUUGCCAAAGGAAUAGAAAACAUUUUUUCCAACAUGUCCGAGGAACAGGAGCAGGUCCGUUGUUCGUCCAGUGAGAGCGAGAACUUUGAGAAGAUCGAGUCAGAAGAAGCUGGUCGGGAUGAAGGAAAAUCCAACGCUGACUUCACUGUUGGGGAGGAAUCAGAACAGGAACAUCCCGAAGAUGGUCCUUCUCACGAGGGAAGAGAUUCUUUUCCUAAUGCCCCUCCUCCAAAUAUCAGAAGAGUACUCACUGUAGCACAGCAGCUCGCUCUAGCGGAGAAGCGGAGUAAACUUAGACGCCGGCCGGCGUUCAUACUGCUAGUUAAAAAUGGAUCGAAGAGGCAGUGUGACUUCAGAGAGUAG